AUGCGGCAGGGUGGUCGCGCUGUGCUGAGGAGAGGCGGCAGUGCGGCGCAGGCAACGAGAUGCUUGCACCACCAUCGCCAACGGCACCAGCUCAUGCCAGCCGCUCUCGGGGUGUCGUCGCGGAUCGUUGCGGAUAGCGCCUCGUCUCUCACGCCAGCGACACUCGCAACGACAACACAGAGGGCCUUGUUGCACAUCAUGAACAAUGGCAGCAGAAGUGGCAGCAGCAGCGGUCACAGCAGUGGCGAUGCAAACAACACUGCUGCGUCAGCACUGGCGUGGACAACUUCGCCAGCUUCAAGCGACAACAACACCAAUGAUGAUGCGCGACGCCUUCUCGGAGAUGGAGGCGACACUGGGCUGAACUUUGAGUUGCGCUCGCCGCUGCUGAUGGCCAGGCGACCGUUUCAUGUCGCCACACCAUCACUAGAGGCUGCGAAGCUGAUCGCAGACGAGUCCAAGGUCGAGCAGAAGGUGAAGCGCCUCCUCACGCAGAAGCUCAAGGAGCAGAAGAACCCGGCGUACAACCUCAUCAUCGAUAAGCGCGCCAUGGAGGAUGCUGACAAGAAGGCGAAAGCGGCUGCAAAGAAGGCUCCAAUCUACAAACGCAUCUGGACCAAGCAGUUCUGGACGGACAUGUAUCGUGCUGCUGUGCGGGAGGCGCAGCACUACAAGGCCGGCUUCCAGCUGCUGUGGACGGACAUCCGGCUGUCGUUCCGGUAUCUGCGCCGCGUCCUCAACGGCGAGCAGCUCAGCAGACGAGAGCGCAAGCAGUUUGUGCGGACGGCCGGCGACAUUUUCCGGCUCGUGCCGUUUUCAGCGUUUAUUAUUGUGCCCGGAAUGGAGCUCCUGCUGCCAUUUGCAAUCAAGUUCUUCCCCGGGAUGCUGCCGUCGCAGUUCCAGGAGACAAAGACCAAGCUCGCGCGGCAAAAGGCGGAGCUGCGCGUCAAGUUGGACAUGGCGAAGUUCCUGCAGGCGACGCUUGAGGACAUGGCACUGAGCAAAGGCAAAGGCAGCACCAAGCACACCUCUCUUGCUGCCGAAUUCACAAAGUUCCUCGAGGAGAACCGCAAGGCCGGAUAUGUGCCUGCCUCUGCCAUCCUGAAGUACGCGCCGCUCUUCAAGGACAACUUGACACUGGACACGCUCGACGCCCCGCAGCUCAGGGCACUCUGCAAACUCCUCAACGUCCCAUCCAUCGGGUCCAUUGCAAUGUUGCGGUUCCAGCUGCGCACGCGUCUCCGCGCCCUACACGCCGAUGACCUGAUCAUUGCAAAGGAAGGCGUUGGUUCCCUCACCACAUCUGAGCUGCAGGUAUUGCAUCAUGCUGGUCAUGGUGGCGAUGGUUGGUGA